GUUAUUGAGUGUGGCCGGCCGCCGUCUUCACUUCAGCAAGAAAAGCAAGGAAGGAAGAGCUCCAGUGAAACACCAAAGUAGGCCUACAGUACGUCGAUGUAUAGUAAAGUAGUGAAGUAGGAUAGAGGUGCUAGUACAAUACCGGUGCAACGAGGAGGGUGUAUAUUUGUAUACGUAUGAUAGUGUGUUGAAUGAAGGGUAGUAGUUGGUUCCCACGGCGGGAGCGUGUCAGUCAUCCCCACCACGCACACGCACUCACGCACGCACACGCGUAGCGAGCGUGAUGCCGGCCGACGGUCGCCACGUUUCCAGCAUUCGUUCGAACGACGUUCACCCGCUCGCAUCCCACUUGUUGUGCCUGGACCCACGUGACCCACCCUGUGGCGAGUAGUUGUACCCCGGGGGGCACCGGAGCCCCCCCAGCCCACCGCUGCCUCCGACCCACUUCACUGGAGCAGCUAUGCUGCUCCCUGGCCCACUCCGCCGCCGCCGCCGCCUCGUCAUCCUGGAGGCGGUAUGUUGCAUCACCAGCAGCCGCCCCCGGCUAAGAGGGCUCUCUCAGAAAGUGACGACUGCGACGACGCCUUUUCCGAGGAGUCGUCCAAGGACCAAUGUCCAUCGCCGGGUGAAGCGGACAGCUGUCAGAUGCUGAGCCGCAAGAAGCGACGCGGCAUAAUCGAGAAGCGGCGGAGAGACCGCAUCAACAACAGCCUGCUGGAGUUGCGACGCCUCGUGCCCUCCGCCUACGAGAAGCAGGGCUCUGCCAAACUGGAGAAGGCCGAAAUACUCCAACUCACCGUUGACCAUCUCAAGGUGCUACAUUCCAAAGGUCUAGAUGCACUGGCCUACGAUCCAUCCAAGUUUGCAAUGGACUACCACAACAUCGGCUUCAGAGAGUGCGCGGCCGAAGUUGCCCGCUACCUGGUAACGGUGGAGGGACUCGACAUCCAGGAUCCUUUGAGGCUGCGCCUGAUGUCACAUCUGCAGUGCUUCGCCGCGCAGAGGGAGUUGGCAAGCAAGCAGUCUGCAUGGUACCCGCCGCACGGCCAGGCGGUCACGCCGGCAGGACAUCAGCAUCAGCAACAGCAACAGCAACAUCAUCAGAAUAAUUCGAAUCAGCAUCAGAAUCAGCACCAAAGUCAGUUGGAUUCGACAGGGAACUCGUCGUUUGACACAUCCUGCGAAACAGCAGCAUCCUCGCCGUCAACGCCUUCAGCGAUUCCCCCCGUCUCCUCCUCUCAAACCACCCUCACCCCCCUCACACCCGUAUCCAUGUCGUCGUCGGCGUCGAACGCUCUCUACCAACACCAUUCCACCAGCAAUCAUCACCAGGAACAAACCCCUCCCUACCACCAAACUCAUCAUCAUCAUCAUCCCCAUCAACCCUCCGGUUAUCACCAGAAUCCCAACGACAUAUCCCACCAAAACUACUCCCCUCAUCAUCCCAAUUCCAACCAGGUUUCCUCUCAGAUGAAACCCUACAGACCGUGGGGCGCCGAGGUCGCUUAUUAACUCGACAUGUGUUGUCAAACAAUCAAAUAGUGAUAAAUUUAUACUAGUCAAUUUCUGCUAUUGCAGAUAUUUUUUAUUGAAAGUUUUAGAUGAUUAGCGUUAAAUUACUGAAGUACAAUAAGACAGUUGCAGUUUUCAUUAUUAAAGUUUUGCAAAGCUCUCAAUUGAUUGGAGAAAUUAUGAUCAUGAUAAUUUCCUGUAAAUUAAUAGUUUUUUUCAAUUGCUUCAAAUAAUGUAGAUAAAGUUGAUAAUUAUUGUUAUAUUUUUCACGGUCAAUUUGUUUGGGCCAUGAUUUUCUUGACAAUCGUCUCAUAAAAGACUGAAUUUCUCAUGAAAGACUCGACAUUCAAACACUUUCCAAAGUGGGUCAUUAUUUGAUAUUGAAGAUUGUAUUCUUGUAAUAAUGAAAUUUCUUCUAUAUCUAUUUAUAAAAUUAGCAGAUAUACUGUAUAAGGUAUUCAACCAAAUACCUUGGUAGGGAUAGAACCUAUUUUUAUAGAGAUUAUAUUGUAAAUAUUCUGUAUACUUUUGUAAAUAUAGUUGCGUUGAUUUCCUA